AUGCCUAUCCCUUACACAGUCCAAGUUCCUCACUUCUCCGCGUUGCCAGCUCCAGGAUCCCCAGGGGCACCAUACUUUGACGAGACGGAUGUCUCUGAGUUCCUGGAGAAGCUGCAGGAUACGUGUUUCAGGUGUGGCGUUAAAAACAAUGAGGAUAUCAUGGGUAUAUUGCCUCAAUACUGUGCAAAGGUCACCAAAUCCUGGGUAAAGAGGCAGAGUUCAUGGCUGAAAAAGGACUGGGAUACCUUCAAGGAAGACUUCUUGGAGCACUUCUAUGAUGACGAUAGUGAGCAGCAAAGGUACACGAAGACAUACCUUCAAUCCCUCGCCCAGGUCAAGCGGACAAUGCAAGACAAUAUCCGUUCGUACCUCAAUGAGUUCGAUGAUAUAUCUGGUCGUGUCCACUCAAAAGGCGAGGUUAGUGAUGUGGAUAGGGCAAGCCUCCUUAUCCAAGGACUUCCGCAGCAGCUCAAGGAGAAGAUUAUUAGAAGGCAUUCUCGCAAGCAGCUACCAAGAGGGACUUUGAUCACGUAUUCGGAGGCAUAUAUAGCGAUCAGAUCGUAUGUUAGAGAGGAAACUGAUAUUCAGAGGAUUCUUUCGACUGUCGAAUCUCCUCCGAAUAGUAGCAAAAGUGCUCAGCAGCUUCAUCCCCCACAGACACAGCAUACUACCGCCGCAAGGCCUCAGGAAUAUCGGCAACCUAUUACUAUCCAGAGCCAACGCCAGGACGACCAAGAUAGGAAACUCAAGGAAAUGCAGUCUCAAAUGGAGGCACUUGCUCUCAAGGUGCAGGCUGGCCGAGAUAUGAGGAAUGAUGUUCGGUACGAACCAGACAGGAGAGGUCCUUCGAACGGUCUUGGAGCCAAUCCUCCACCGAGAUGCUGGACAUGUGGAGGCGCCCAUUUCUCUCGACCAGACCAAUGUGCGGCUAUUCGCGACAUGCAAGGUCGUGGUAUCAUGCAUUAUGAUGCUAUGAAUCAGAUGGUUCUAGGCACUAUUGAGCAGCCAGGACCGAGGUUGCGUGUGGUCCCAGGACAACUGAACCAACAAACCUUUCAAGCGCAGUAUGAUAGCUGGAAGAAUCAGGGAUCGUAUGGAGCUACUACGCAGUCAGGUAGUAAUGCUGUUCGCGCCACUAUUCCGGUUUCAACUCAUCCUACGGACCCAAAUGCAUCACAGCAACCCAUAUAUUUGAGUGAUACAGCGACCGACUUAUACCCUGCGCCUGUUCGAUCUGUAACUGCCACCCUUCUUGGUACGGCACCUGCAUGGGAGAGGCUCGAAGAAAGUGAGGAUGAGGAAGCGAUCAUUCCAUACGGCGCUGUCAACGCUAUUGAAGGUCGUCCGGUAAAGCGACGCAGAGACCAGGACAUUGCUAGAACAAGGAACUCCCAGACUGGUAGAUACCAGCCUCACGUUGAAGAUGCCGAUGAUGAUGUGAUGCAAGACGAGCAGCCCGAAGAAACUCAAACCGUACGGCCUCAGCGGGAAGCUGUUCAGCUGCAUAACCACGCCCCAAGGAGGAUUCGCGGCCCUAUCGAUCCAGACAUUGUUCAGCGGAGAUCACAGCUUUCGGAUGUCGUGAUGCGAAAGAUAUGGGACACAGAAAUCACUCUCACGAUUGGUGAACUUGCAGGAACUGCCCCAAGGAUACGUGCAGGUAUGGGUAAGGGUGUUAGCAUGGAGGUUAUCAACCAGCGCAUAAACGAAGUCCUCUCACAAGCACAGGCGCAAACGAAUUUCACUAGCGCUUCCCUUCCAAAGCAGAUAGAGGAUAAGAUCGGCCAGAUUGUGCGAGAUGCUGUCGAGUACCAUCAGGAAACUGGUAGCCCUAUCUAUGUCAAAGACCUCGCCGCGAAAGUGAACUUCCAAGGCGUCCAACUGUCAGGCGUACAGCCAGUGACCUCUCCUCGGGAGUAUUCCAGAGACCUCCUUUUUGUCACAGUUUCCGUCGGCGGGCAGGUGGUACGAGCGUGUAUCGACAUAGGUUCGUCGGUGAACAUCAUUCGCAGAGAAAUCGCACACUCCAUGCAGGCACAGAUGAGACUGAAACCAAGACUGAAGCUUGUACCUGUUGAUGGAGGAGAGUUCGCAGUAGGUGCAUGCAUUGAGAGUCUACCGAUCAAUGUAGGCGAUGUUGUCACAGAGUCUCAUACCAUGGUCGGUGACGGCUGCACGAAUGAUCUGCUACUUGGCAGAAUCUGGGCAAAAGAUGCAUUGCUGCAAACCUCUGAGAAGGGAGAUGGAAGGGUUAUUUGCACGAUAUCUAGUCAUGAUCGCCGGAAGCGUGUCAGCUUUGAAGCAUACCAUCCGCGGAAUGGAGGCUCCUUCUAUGAAGACCAACUCUGGUAUUCCACAGCCACCGCAAUACCUGCUCUACCUCUGGCGGCCAAGUCUUUCGUGCAGUCCAUUCGUCUGUUAGCACCCUCAAAUGUUGUGAAUGCGUUAAUUAUCAAAGAAGAAACCUCAAAAACACCAAGAAAAGAUGAAAAUAACAAAAUACGGAGGCAUGGGGAGAAAGCGGGGUCGACACCGCUAGGAGAUCGUUUUUCGGCCGAAAAGCCACCCCCCUCCCGCAGCGCCUUAUCUGUCUGGCACUCCGCGGAGCCUCACCGCCAGUAUACCUGGUCAAGCACCACCCAUUUCGAUGAGGUUGAAUACCGCACCUCUUUCACAGCACAUAACCUUCUGGCAAACCCGAAGCAAUGGCCAAGCAACGUUUUUCGGCCGAAAAACCAAGUCCUCCUAGGCGCACAGGUCAACACACUAUACAAACGGAAGGCGGACAAAAUUCAACCUGUCAAUUCGUCUGAUUCAGAUGGCUCAAUUCCUGCUGGUAACCCUGACUGGCAGAAUGUGUGUCUUGAGAAGUAUCAUUCCAAGUACCGUGCUACGGACACACCUUCGGAAUUCGAUGACCUACUUCGGCCGCGUAUUGCAACUAUCGCAAGAGGAGCCAGGCUAACGCCUGAACGAGAAGAGUCGAUGCUCGUUGGUAGUGGUCUGCUUCCGAAGGAAAAGCUACUGCUACGUGAGCUACUAUUUAAGAGAGAAGGGGUGCUUGCAUGGUCCUGGGAGCAUAUGAGCCGUAUUCAUGAGGAAGUUAUGCCCGCUCAACGCAUCAAAACUAUACCUCAUGAAGCAUGGCAACACCCAGGUUUCAAGAUACCGCGUGCUCUCGGACCAGUUAUUAACGAUAUGCUUCGUGAUAGACUGCGGAAAGGUGUUCUCGAACCAUGCGAUGGCCCGUAUAGAAACCCUUGGUUCCUAGUGAAGAAGAAAAGUGCAGGCAAGUACCGGUUGAUCAACGCCGCGAUGCUGAUCAACAAGGUUACAAAACGAGAUGCCAAUAUGCCACCUGAUGCGGAUGAGUUUGCUGAAGAAUUCGCUGGACUGGCCCUUACUUCUUUAGUUGAUCUAUACUCCGGUUACGACCAGAUUUCCCUAGCCGAGGAAGACAGGGAUCUCACCGCGAUUCAGACUCCACUAGGUCUGCUACGCCAGACUACAAUAUUGCAAGGCGCAGCGAAUUCGGUGGCACAGUUCCAACGCGUGGUAUCAUGGAUUCUGCAGCCUAUCUUUGGCACCAUUGCUAGGUCGUUUCUUGAUGAUGUUGCCAUCAAAGGGCCUCGGACCAGGUACAAUGACGAGUUUGCAAAGCCAGGGAUUCGAAAGUUUGUUCUAGAACACCUACAGAACCUCGAUGAAACGCUAUAUCUUUUGGAGCUCGCCGGUGCUGCUGUCUCGGCGGAGAAGUCCCAAUUUGCUAUGUCAGGAAUCGAGGUUGUUGGAUGGAUAUGCGAUAUCCAUGGGCGUCGCGCUGAGGAGAACAAGGUCGCAAAGCUUCUGGACUGGCCCACCCCAUUAAAUAAAGACGAACUACGUUCGUUUGUUGGCCUUGCUGUCUACUUCCGUAUCCUAGUGGCCGGCUUUCAGAUCAUUAUGGACUGCCUAUACGCCUGUUUGAGGAAGAAUACCCCCUUUCAGUGGGGAGCAAAGCAACAAGCUGCAUUUGAUACGGUUAAAGAGCUACUCUCAAGCUUCCCCACAGUGCUUCCGAUCGACUAUGCCUUCCAACCGUUGAUGAUUGUUGUUGCGGUAGACGCGUCUGGGAAAGGAUGGGGUGCUGUUCUGAUGCAAGAAAGAGAUGGUGUGAGGAAGCCCGCACGCUACGAAUCAGGCGCAUGGACAGAGACGCAACUCACAUAUGAUGCGGGUAAGUUGGAAUGCCGCGCAGUACUGAUGGCACUGAAGAAGUUCCGGCACUGGCUAUAUGGUAUCCACUUUGUGCUAGAAACAGACGCGAAAACUCUUGUUUCGCAACUGAAUCGUCCUGCUACCGACUUGCCAGGUGCUCUUGUUACUAGAUGGAUGGCGUGGAUCCGUUUAUUUGACUUUGACGUCAAACAUGUUUCUGGGCGGAAGAAUGGUGCGGCAGAUGGACUAUCGAGAAGGCCUGCUACUAAAAAAGAGGUCCAGCAACAACAGCAAGAGGUAGACGUGGAUGACUUCAUUGAUGCAGAAGUGUCUUACCUGCGAGCGAGCUGCUUUCCUGCGCGCGCUACUAUUACAAAUGGCGACGAAGAGCUCGCCGAUAACCCUGCGACCCUACCACUGGAGAAUAGCUAUUCGACCGAAUCACAAGAUAUAGCUCGCUACCUGACCACGCUUCGGCGCCCGCCGGAGAUGUCCCGCAGUCACUUCUACUAUUUCAAGAGGAAGUGCCUAAAGUUUGUUGUUCAAGAUAGUCACCUUUUCUACCGGCAUAAGGGAAAGACAGAGAUCAUGCGGCGUGUUCUCGACAAGAAAGAAGACCAACAAAAAGCAUUACAUGGCGCCCAUACUGAACUAUCUCAUAAAGGACGAGAGGCCACCUACGCCUUACUGAAACUUCGGUACUACUGGUCCCGUAUGUUCGAGGAUACGGUUACCUUCGUGCGAACAUGUGUGGAAUGCCAGGCGCGUGAUCCCACCCGUAUGCAUGAGCCUGCCGUCGCUUCAAAGAACCUGAGACUAUUCGACAAGUGGUUUAUUGAUACAACCCGUAUGCCAGAUGAAAACGGCGUCAAGUCUGUUGUCCAAGGAAGAGAUUCUGUUAGCGGCUGGGUUGAAGCAAGAGUUUUAGUCAGUGCUGACUCUGAAGCUAUCCAAGCUUUUAUUCAUGAGGAUAUCAUUUGCCGCCAUGGCUACCCCCGUGAGAUCGUCAUGGACGAUGGACCUGAAAACCGUAGCAAGACACUGAAGUUUCUUGAAGACCGCGGCGUUAAGAAGGUCACUAUUUCCGCAUAUCAUCCUGGUUCGAACGGUCCUGUUGAACGAGCAAUGAGGACACUGAAAGAUGCCCUUUCCAAGAUGACAGGUGGAUACCCAACUGGUGACAUAUCUACUCCGAAAAACCGAUGGAGGCCUCACUUCCAUGCCGCAUUGAUGGCAGACCGUGUGACCGUUAACGCUACCACUGGAAUCAGCCCGUACUAUUUCUUGUUUGGUAUCCAUGCUGUUUUGCCUGUCGAAUUGGAGAUACCCACAUGGAGCACACUACCUUGGGAAACUGUCCAGGACAGAUCAAGUCUCAUAGCAAUGCGCGCACGACAAAUCGAAAGACGGGAGAAAGACAUUGAAGAAGCCAUCCUGCGAAUGAAUCGUCUCAAGGAGAAUAAUGCAGGAUACUUUGAUGACCACCAUCGCACUCGUGAUGCUUCCCUGAAGAAGGACGAUUACGUCUUGUUGCAUGAUAGCCAGAGGUCUUCAGACAUGACAUCUAUUCAGAAGCUCCGCUUUCGAUGGCUUGGACCAUACCAGAUCGAAUCUGUCAAGGGAAAUGGAUCCUAUUCAAUCAGGGAGCUUGACGGCACUGUGCUACGCCAUGUAGGAGACAAGAAUGCUGAUGCGAUUAACGGCGACAGACUCAAAAGAUUCUACCCUCGAGGAAUAGGGGAUUCCAGUGAGAUACAGAGUGUUGCUCAAACUGGUCAGCUUCGAAAACGUAGACCAAUUGGUCGACCUCGAGCUGGACAAUAG